UAUAGAAUACAUAAAAACAUUACAUUUACAAAUGCUAUAAGAAAAGGCACACAGAAAUAUGUAUGGAUUUUUAAUUUUUGGAGUUUCUCAUAAAUUCACAAUCCGCUGAUCUUAUCACCAGCAGUGUUUUCAUCUAAAUUUGUACUGACUACUGCGGCAAGAUGUUUUAACUUAUUCUUUAACAAAUAUCUCAUAUUACUAUUCAUGUUUGAAUAUCACUUGAAAAAUAUGAUAGGGUGACUAUAAUAAUAAUAAUAAUAAUAAUAAUAAUAAUAAUAAUUUUAUUUCAAUUACUGCUCCAGCAUUGCGUCUUCCCCCACUGAGUAAAUAAUUACGCACAAACUGUCAUUGCUGUGUCCAGCUCUGUCCCGCUGGUGUCACUGAGGCCAAGCAGAACGUGUCCCGUUACCUUCAUCAAUAUUAUAUCAGCGCCUGUCGCAGCGCGGGGGCCACAUGAAAAUGAUUAACCCAAAACCUUUUAUUGACUUUCAGGAAGUUUAAAUGUCGGUCGCUGAUGACGCAUUGUGUCUGAUUCUUUUCUCUGAGCCGAGGGGGCAAAAACACCAUAAAGCAGCUCACACAGAGGGAACCUCAGAGCAGCUGCUUAAUAUUAUUCUCCGGGCACGAGUAGUUUGUAAACUGUGAAUACGUGGGAACCCAGCACGUGACGGAGGCCUGCGCCAAGCAUUCAUCCACCACGCGCGUGACAAUGUGUCAGAGGGGGGUCUGCUGUUUUCGUGAAUCCCACAUGCAGACUCCCGUUUAUUCUAUAAACAAAUACACCCAAUAUUCGUUUGCAAAGACCGUUUAACUUAUAUCGCUUCGAAUAAAGUGCUUACUUUGUUUACUUAGCUCCUCUUAGACUUCAGCACAGACCUUCAGGCUCACACCAAAUCAUCCUCAUUGGUCAUGAAUCCAUAUUUAAUGCGGGCUGCUCGUGGAAGUGGGAGUGUCUUGCCUUAAGUUUUGCAGUCACUUGAUUGCUGUCGUUGUCGGUGGGGGUAAAGCGACUGUUAGGCGAGGAGGGGGUGGGGGGAGGGCGGUCUGUACUACAGUCUGCGUGCCUUGUGGACACCGCUGCUCCUGGUGGCGCAACACAAACCGUCCGCGCACACAGACCGCGCAGCAGAGAGACGGGAGGACACAGAGCAGGAGGGAGGCGUCCCGCUCCUAAAGCAAACAUAUUUGUAACCUCCAGCACAGACUUCUUAAUAUUUAUCCGGCAUUUAUUCGAUCACAAUCACUCGAUUUCGGAGGUGAUCUGAACAGGACCGUCAAAGCCUCCAGGUCUCCAAGGAUGGACUCCAUACCUACGGGACGAGACACCACUAGCUCUUCGCCAAACUCCAAACAAGAACUUUCCUACCCCAGUACCAACUUGAAACCCAACCAGGUCGGCGAGACGAUUCUGUACGGAAUACCCAUCGUGUCUUUGGUGAUAGAUGGCCAGGAGAGACUUUGCCUUGCGCAGAUAUCAAACACGUUGUUGAAGAAUUACAGCUACAACGAGAUCCAUAACCGACGCGUGGCCCUGGGCAUCACCUGCGUCCAGUGCACCCCGGUGCAGCUGGAGAUCCUGCGGAGAGCCGGGGCGAUGCCAAUCUCCUCCAGGCGCUGCGGGAUGAUCACCAAACGCGAGGCUGAGAGACUCUGUAAGUCGUUUCUGGGAGCGCACUCGCCUCCAAAACUUCCCGAAAAUUUCGCCUUCGACGUGUCUCACGAGUGCGCCUGGGGAAGCCGAGGAAACUUCAUCCCGGCCAGAUACAACAGUUCCAGAGCCAAGUGCAUCAAGUGCUCCUACUGCAACAUGUAUUUCUCCCCGAAUAAAUUUAUAUUUCACUCCCAUCGCACGCCGGAGUCAAAGUACACGCAACCGGAUGCCGCUAAUUUCAACUCCUGGAGGCGACACCUCAAGCUGACAGACAAGAGCAGUCCCUUGGAGAUCAUGCACGCGUGGGAAGACGUGAAGGCCAUGUUCAACGGGGGAAGUCGCAAGAGGACGCUACCGGGGAGUGGAUCUGGGUCCAACUCUCCUCUAAAACUGCAUGGGCCAAAUCGAUCCCGAGACUCGCCGGAGAUCCCCGCAAAAAUCCUCAGCUGCGAAGACACUCGGGGUGCUAUGACCAGCGCCCGCAGCUACCCGGUCAUUCCGGUGCCCAGUAAAGGCUUCGGGAUGCUACAGAAAAUCCCUCCGCCGCUCUUCCCUCAUCCCUAUGGCUUCCCUGCUUUCGGUCUGUGCCAGAAGAAGGAUGACGGGAUAAUGGGCGAGCAGAGCAAAGCGGGGCUGCCUGGCGUCCUGUGGCCUGGCACCAAGGACAGCGCCUACCCCUCCUUCCCCAUGUUCUGGCCCGCUGCGGGCCCGCUGCCCAUGCCCCCAUACGCACAGACUCCACACAAGCCCCCUCCUGAGCUGCUGUGCCCUAGGCAGACAGAGGUGGACAUUUCCGAAAGCAGCGACCGCAGCACCAACACGUCCAAAGACAGUGUGGUGGACACCGACCGCUGCUCCAGCACCCAGUCCAUACGUAACGAAGACGACAAAUCCGGGGACGAGGGGAGGCCCACGGAAGGAAUGAGCCUCCCGGCGCGGAAACUCAACUACGUGUCCGCAUUCAGGCCUGUCAUUAAAGACGCCGACUGCAUCGCCAAGCUGUACGGCAGCAGGGGCGCGUACAACGGCUGCCGCACCGGCUACUUAUCACCUGAUUUUUUAAGCGAGAGCUCCAGCUACCGGUCUGUGUCCCCGUGCGUGGACAGCGAGGGUGAGCCGGACGUAGACGUGGAGACGAACAGAUCGCCAGAGGAGCAGGAGGAUCCCGGGCCUCGGACUCCUCUUGGUUUGGCGCACAGCGCUUCACCGAAAGACUCAGAGUCCUCAAAGGGCGCAGAGGGAAGCGAGAAUGAGGCGCAGAAAAUGAGCCUGCAGGUGGCCCAGUCCUCUGACAGAGAGCUGCAGAGCAAACAGCUACCAGAGCACCACAUAGCAGCACCUUUCACAGAAGUUUACACACCGGACAGAGCUGAGCUGCAACAAAGGACCAGCCCGUAUCAAUUCAGACCCACCAAUUACCUGACGGCAGUACUGACUACAAACGACGAGAGCGCAAGUAAGGAAGAGCCGUCUUCCACAGUGGAGGAGAUUGAAACAAAAUCUUUUAAUGGACAAAGCAGCGAGGAGAGCCAGCGAGAGCCGGAUGAGGGCGAGGACGCGGCAGCCAGAGUUGCGCCAUUACGCAGAGAGCUCCAAAAUUUAGCAAAGGAGGAUCUGCAGAAGCAGCUGUUGGAACAAGUCGAGCUGAGGAAAAAGCUAGAACGCGAAUUUCAGAACUUGAAAGAUAAUUUUCAAGAUCAAAUGAAAAGGGAGCUUUCCUACAGGGAGGAGAUGGUGCAGCAGCUUCACAUCGUUAGAGAAGCUCACGACGCUUUACACCAUUUUUCCUGUAAGAUGUUAACUCCUCGCCACUGCACGGGAUCCUGCACAUUCAAAUCUCCUCUGCUGCCGCCUUGAGUACUGGACAUAUUUAUUUGUAAGGCAGAUGAUGGGUGAAAAGGAUCCAUCGCUUGUGUUAAACACCAGAGUUUGGGAAAAUAAAAUUAAGUGGAAUAUAAACAUCAGCGGAAAGUUGGAGGAACUGAACUGAAAACAGACCAACUUGUAAUUAUUUGUAAGAUUGGAUAAAAAAAAGUGUAUUACCACCCUCAGUAUUUAUGAAACCUUCCUUCAUACGUUGUAAUUUGUUUUAUUAAAAUUAUGCCAUCAACUCAUUUCAUUUUUGUGGCAAAGUGCAAUGACAGUGAAUGUCCUAUCUUGAAAUUAAUUAUCUAUGUUUUAUUUUUGUUCAGAAACAUUUUUCCUCUGUUUUCCUCUAUUAUAAAUAAGUCGGUUAUUACUUUUUGUCUUUUACUUUUUUUUUAGGUCAGUCACUCACAUUGGAUUUAAUGCACUUUAAAUGAGUCACGGGAAAUUACAGCAAAAUCCACUGUUUGGUAGUUGUAUUUGUUUUUAACGAAUGGAAAAACACAUAAUUUAGAGGAGGAAAUCUGUGCAUCUGCGUCCAUAUAUUAUAAUAAGAGUAGAUUAUUUGUCCCUGUAACAUUUGUUUUCAUUGUUGAAGAAUAAAUCAUUUUAUUGAAGAAAUGUGGCACA